UUUUUUCGUUCUUCUCUUUCCGCUCGAUCCUUUCCUCGUCGUUGGAGUCCAACGCCCUGCAGUGUUCUCUCUGCAAACACUUCCACGUCGAAUCAAGCGUGCCCCGUGAGGUACACAGGCCGCCAUUGACGCUCCUCCAUCGUUAGUUCUGAUAUGGAGGCAGUACAUGAGUUCGAAGACUGGGAAGUGCUGUCCUCCUCCUCCUCCGCCGCGAGUGACGGCUUCGUAGUUAUACAUGGAACCGCGGAUGACGUCAGGUCCGAGAACUUUGAUUCCGACGCGAGGACGCCCACCCCAUCCUCGUCGGAGGAGCAGGAGGAGGAGGAGAGCGGAGAUGGGGGACUCGAUUCGGAUUACCUCAGAUGGGGCUUCCCUGAUUCAGAUUCCGAGCGUGCUGCUGACGGACGAGAGGAAUUGGUGGUUUCCUAUCGCGAGGAUUCCAACGCCGAGUACGAGACGAAGAUGAUCGAUUGGAGCCACGGAGAGGCAAUGGCUGGCUACGAUCACGAGGGUUCCAACUCCGAUGACGAGACAAAGACGAUCGAUUUGAGGCAUGGAGGGGAUUUGAUGACGCAGCGUGCUGCUGAACGGGGAGACGAAACGGUGGUCUCCGAUCUCGAAGAUUCCAACGAGAGGCAGAUGAUCGAUUCAAGCGAUGGAGGGGACUCGAUGACGCAAUCGAGUUCUAGUGAUGACCUGAUCCUGAAAGAGUCGUGCUCUAACGGGAUCGACGGCAUUCGUGGGGCUAACGAGAUAGAGCAUGAGGAAGCCUGGGAGUUGACAUCAGAUGAGAUUGAGGAGUUGAAAGAGGAGUAUGGGGAGACCGAUGCUUCUGGUAUUAGUGGUUGUUGUGGAGAAGAGAGGAGAGGAGUGAUGUGGUGGUCGAUGCCAUUCCGAAACCUGAAACUUAACCUGUUUAAGGUGAAGCCGAUUUGGUCAGUCUCCGUCCUCGCCGCCUUCGUGGGGUUCGCCGUGCUGCGAAGAAUGCUCAACAGUAUCAAACAGGAGAACCCAAGCGUUUCGCAUAGGGCUUUGACGGGUGACAAGAUGGCGCCUCAGCUUACUGUUGAUGCAGCAUCGCCGGCCAGAAGAAAUGUGUCUGUCGUGAAAGCUUUUCUAGAAGGCGGUGAUGUGUCUCGAAGGCCUGUGUCGUCGUUGAGAUGAGAUGAGAUACGGAAUGCCGAAAUGAUAGAGUACUAAUUACACAUAUUGCACAUUGGUAGCUGACCAUUUACCUGUGAAGUUGUAGAUUUCUUCUUUUCACUUAUUAUGGUAGUGUUCUCCUGUUUAAUGAGUGUUAUCUGCAUUGUGAAGUAUCUUUAUGAUUGAUACAGGCCUUUCACAGGGCAAUAGAUGGAAAUUAAGAGGUUUGAUCUAAACGUGCUUUUCCCUCCUGUGUGCUGUUCUUUAGCUAGCAUUAGGGGCAAUUUUAUGAGUGAUUGGCCUGAUUACUUCCAACCUUUAUCUUCUGUGUAUUAGUGUUGCUUCCGCAAUGCUGAUGUAAUUUGUCAAA